AUGAUCAAUAUCUUUCCUCUAUUGGCCAUCGAAAUAAAUGUGACAUCAACCGGAUGCUACUGGGUGAACGGCGCGCUCAUCAUCGGCGCCGGCCCCGCGGGUCUGGCGGUGGCGGCGUGCCUCCGCGAGCAGGGGGUGCCGUCCGUGGUGCUGGAGCGCGCCGGCUGCAUCGCGCCGCUGUGGCAGCACCGCACGUACGCGCGCCUCAAGCUGCACCUCCCCAAGCGCUUCUGCGAGCUGCCCCUGGCGCCCUUCCCGCCGCACUUCCCGGAGUACCCGUCCAGGUCCCACUUCCUCUCCUACCUCCACUCCUACGCGCGCCGCUUCGCCGUGGCGCCGCACUUCCGCGCCACCGUCGCCUCCGCGCGCCGCCACCGCGGGGUCUGGCGCGUCGACGCCCACGUCGCCUCCAGCGACGACGGCGUUGGCGGCGGCGGACGAACCCGACACGUCCAGUACGUCUGCCAGUGGCUCGUCGUCGCCACGGGCGAGAACGCCGAGCCGUUCGUCCCGGACAUCGAGGGCCUCCGGCGCUGCAUUGUCAGCGCCAGGGCCAGGGCCGGGGCCGCCCCCGUCGUCAUGCACGCCGCCGAGUACCGGUCCGGCGAGCACCUGAGGGGAAAGCGCGUGCUCGUCGUCGGCUGCGGCAACUCCGGCAUGGAGGUGUGCCUGGACCUCUGCCACCACGGCGCGUCGCCGAGCAUGGUGGUGAGGGACGCGGUGCACGUGCUCCCGCGGGAGGUGCUGGGCAGGUCCACGUUCGCCAUGUCCGCCGCCAUGGCGCGAUGGCUCCCGCUCUGGCUGGUGGACAGGGUCCUGCUGGCCAUGGCGGCGCUCGCGCUGGGCGACGUGGAGCGCUAUGGCCUGCGGAGGCCGGCGGUGGGGCCGCUGGAGAUGAAGAAAAGGGAAGGCAGAACACCGGUGCUGGACACCGGCGCGGUCGCCAAGAUCAGGUCCGGCCAGAUCAAGGUGGUGCCGGAAGUCAGGAGGUUCCUGCCGGGCGGUGCGGGUGCGGCGGUGGGGGUGGCGGCAGAACUCGUGGACGGCUCCGUCGUCGAGGCGGACGCCGUGGUGCUGGCCACCGGCUAUCGCAGUAACGUGGCCUCGUGGCUCAAGGUACAGUUUUUUUUUACAAAAGCAGUAAUGCCAAUGCAGGGUCAGGUGAACGGUGCUGAAGAGGAAUGCCGCGGGCUGUACGCCGUGGGGUUCACGGGGAGGGGGCUCGCCGGGAUAGCGGAGGAGGCGAUAAGAAUAGCCGGCGUGCUGGGCAAGGCGUGGAGCCGGCAGAUGGAAAUAAACUAGAGGAAGCAGCGCAACAACCCGCAUCACCGCUGCCUGUGACCUGUGAUGGUUGAUGAUGCAUGCAUGUGUACCGGACUAGGAGUAGUAGUUUAGCAAUUCGGAGUGACAGUGACAGUGGCUUAAUAAACGUCACUAGCUCACUACUAGUACUGUCCAUGUACCCUACAAAGGGAAAACAUAUAUCAGCAAUGCAAUGGAGAAGGUGCCCUCCGAUCCGAUGGUGAAGGUGCUGGACUUGAUGUGGGUGCCACCACCACCAGGGAGCCUCUUCGUUGUGGAGUACCCCUCGACCUUGAGCACGUGCCACUUGGUCACCGUCUUCGGGGAGGACGACGUCGACGUGCUGCCGCCGACGAUGUUGCCCAUCGGCGUAUGAACCGGACAACCGGUGCUGCCGGCCGGCCGCAGCGAUAUAUCAGCAAUGCAAUGGAGGAUCGGAGUGGAAGAGUUGCGCUUAAUUUAAUGGCCGAAGGGUUUUAUGGCGGGGGACACCCAUGCAAUGCAAUGCAAGCCCGUCUGUUGUGAAGUUGUGAACACGUACUGCAUCGAUCGCACUAGCAGUAAUCCUGAAGUUGGGCUGUGUUAAAAGCUGUACAGUAGUCGAGGAGUCAGAGUCACCCUUGUUUCUAUUGCGGUGCUGGGCGAGGCGAGAUAAAAUUCAU